CAGCCGACGAGGACGGCGACGGCGGAGACGCGGUGGCUGGACGCGGUACGGUACACGGUGGCCGCCGUGGUGACCGUGCUCAUCGUCACCGUCAUCGUCGUCGCCAUCAAGGUGGUACUCCGGCCUGAAUCGCUGCGCCUCUCCGUCGUCGGGGGCUUCGUGUCCUCGACUCCGCGGCCGGGAGCCACCGCCGCCGUGGAGUUGAACGUCAAGCUCCAGGCUGAAAACCCUAGCGGCCGCGCCCGCAUAUACUUCCUCAACAUCACCGCUUACCUCUUCGACAACAAGACGCUGGCGGCGUCCACGGCCGAUCCGGAGCAAGACUGCAUCAUCAACUUCGGCAGGCCCGACUUCGCCGUGGCGCAGCAGAUGGCGGUGUUCUUUGUGAUGAGCGUGCUGGGGGAGAACGAGACUACUAUCAUGGACCCCAACUACUUCGGCAUGCUGUACACGAAGCGCCGCACCAUCAGCGACGUAGUGAUGCGAGUGGAUGGCCGCCUGGUGACGGAGGUGAGGUCCGGGGCCAACACGACAAGUCAUCUGGCGACCUACUACUGUUGGCCGCUCGUCGUCGGCGAAGAUGAGGCCAGGAGCGGGAUGGAUGUGCCUUGCACGGAGAAUCAAUCUGAUGGAUGAUUCUCAAGGUCGAGUUUAUUCAAGGAACAAAAUUGUUUGUGUGUGUGUGUGUGUUUUGUUUCGAAGUAGUAGAAGUGUGGAACUAGUAGCUAGAUUGGAGUAUUGGAUUUGGCGGUGGUCUGCCUUGACGGAUCUCAUCCAUCAUCCCAUGCGUGUAUGUUUUGUAUUUCCUGGUAUGUUCU